AUGAAAAUCUCUCAGACACUUCUCCUGGUGUUGACUACAUUGGUAGCCGUGUGGGCUCAGGAAGAGCACCAUCAAGAGCAGCACCAUCAUGAAGCUCCACCACCACCGAACUGCGACGCCAUUUGCGAAGAAAAAGUUCGACAAGCGGUUCAACCAGUUCAGGACGAAAAAGUCCGUGCGGAAGAAUGGGGACAUGGAGUGAAAAGAGAACUCGAUGAAGCCUACAAUAAAUUGCGAGCAGCAGAAGGACAGGUGGAACAGUUGCGCAACCAGCUUGGAGAACAGGAACGUAGAGCUGCCGAUUUUGAACGUUCCUCCAAUGACCUACGGGGAAAUCUAGAAAACACCCAACGUGAUUUGGACGGCUCCCGACGAGAAUUGGAAGGAGCUCGACGAGAAUUGGACCAAAUGAAGCAUGAUCAUCAGGUCGAAGUCGAGGAUUUGAGGACAAAAACAGAAGAAUCCACUCGUUCUCUUGGUAGAAUUCAAUUUGCUUUGGAUGAAGCUCACGAUCAAGUCAAAGAAAUGGAAAGUGCCAGAGUUACCGUGAAUUUGAAGGGAAUUGCAGAUGACGUGAAGGUCUACUGGAAAAAUUUGCUGACUUGGUGGACUGGCUUGGUCAUGCCCGACAAGAAAAACGAUGAGGACCUCUAG